AUGCUGCUGGAGGAGAGAUUACCACUGUAUGGCACCUCUGGUUCGGAAGCGGAUGAGGUCAACAGGGGAAAGCACGCGACUGAUGUUCACAAGCGCGACUUAUUUGAGAGUCUACCGCUUUCAAAUGGAGAGCUCGAAACAGGAUGGAAAGAACUCUGUGUCUUCGAGGCAAAUGGCGGACUCUGGCGCCCUGGGGCUCACUUACUUCUCAAUCUAUGGAGAUCGAUACUGACUGCUCUGGCGCUGCGAGGCUUUGAUCUAGGAGAAUGUAUCCCUACUGCUCCUUUAGAAGAGUCUUCUGAGGAGGACGGCCAUCCUCAUUCGUUGCUCAACGCUGUCAUAGCUCGACUUACGAGCAACGGACCGGACACUCAUAAUAGUGGCACGUUGCUUAAUGCAUAUGUUCGCGAAGAUGGCACGACAAAUUCAAGGCUGCAAGGAAAUAAAGCAUGA